UUAAAUGGCUGCUUUGUCACGUUAGUACACAAUGACAGUGAUGUAGAAGACGAGGAUUCACUGUUGCUAUGGAAACAACUGUGCUACGAUUCACACAUGGAGCUGCAUGUCAGAGGGCUUAGCAGUGGUUACUGCAAAGACGUUCAUGGUCAGGUUGGUGAUCAGUACUUUCUUGUUUCUCACUAUGCGUCUUCACAGUUUUUGCUUACUAGCUACUGGAUCUUAACUCUUUAAGUCCCGAUAGUGACCAACAUCGAUUUUCUCCCAAUGACAUCCGUACAUUGUCAAAAGACUAGGUUAUGAGAAUUAAUAAAAUGAUCACCUAAGAGAAAAUGCUUUGAUCUUUUGUCAAAUUCUCUCAAUUCAAUAUAGAGAUCAGUUCGGAGAAUUUGUAUGUGGAUAUUGGGGCUUAAAGGGUUAAAUGAUCAAGUUAUUAAGUACUAAAUGUUGAAAUCGUUAAUAAUUCAUAACGAGAAGACAGUGCAAAUGACUGCCGUAAAGAAGGGUUUAAAAAAGCCAAAUUAUGAUAAUUCACGGUACUGGCUUCUUUCCCUCUGCCGUUGGCUCAGUAAACUUAGUUGCAGAGGGACCACAGAGAAGAAGUAGCCUACACCACGGCCAAAUUUUGUAGCUUAACUUGCUUGUAGCUGCUCGUGGCUUUAGCGGCUUCUCUCGUGCUCUCCAAAAUUCUCACUAUAUACCUGCGAUGUACCCACGCUAGACAUGAACGAAUUCUUCUCUUCGGCGGGAAUCCUUUUCAUUGUUACACGUCAUGUGAUCCGGUAACCAAUGGUAGCACGCUGUUGGCGAAAAUAUUUCAACCAGCCAUAUGUAAUCUUCAAGCCGCCAGAAACCAGAGUGUAAGUUCGUCGGGAAUUCAUUGUUAACUUAUGUCACCGGAAUUUUUACCGGGUCCAAUAGAGAAAUAAAGUGGAAAAAGCAGUGGAUGAAAUUAAUAUCGUUCUUUAAGCCAUGAUGAGACGAAACAAGUGCAAUAAAUAACCAAUGUAUCCCAUUCUUUAUGCCUUGAUGAGACGAAAGAAGCGCGCUACAUUAUGAAGAUAUCUUGUUUUUAGGCCUUGAUGAGACGAAACAGACGCGAUAAAUGUUUUAAAGUAUGUUUGGAUGUUGUUGAGCAUGACAAAAUUUCGGGCGAGAAGACUUUUCGGGCAGGUUGAGCGUAAACCCAGGCAUAAUCCAAACCUGUUAAUUAUUGGUGAUGCACAGGGGCUUUGCGCCCCCGUAUUGGUUAUGGUCGAAUUCAUAAACUCUAUUUUUGAUUGUUUUAACGUGCACCCAAGGCCAAACCCACUAAUAAAAAUGGGUACCUUCUAAAGAUCGCGUAAGUGUGGAAAGGCUCUAACUGACCGCCGCGCUUUCGUUUUCUUGUGCAGCUUACCAUAACACAACGAGACCAGCACAGAACGAAACACAAUACAAGAAAUUUACAGUUCAAGAUUUUGGAGAAAAAUGUGACAUUUUUUGCUCCUGGAAUGUCGAAAGCUGUUUUAUGA